AUCCAAGACAUGAGACUAGUUUUGCAGGGUUUAUUUCUCCUCUCGCUGCAGUUGCUUUGUUCUGGUAACUCGUGUGAUGUUGCUCUGGGGAGGAUGAAGGACUGUCGAGAGGGGGGCUACCAGCCAGUACUGCUAGAGAACUGCACGAUAACAGAUUCAGAUAAGAGAUUAUCAGAUAAGCAAGUGGGGAAGUGCAGGAGAGUAGAGAGGAAUGCGGUAAAGUGGUGCGGAUACACUUGUGAAGCAGAGCAGGGGACAGAUGAAGAAAGCAAGACUCCUCUCUACAUAAUAACCCCCAUCUACACACGCCCCACCCAACUAGCUGAACUAACCAUCCUCUCCCAAUCCCUCUCCGGUAUCUCCAACCUACAGUGGAUAGUGGUGGAACAGUACGGGAGGACACCACGUGUCAAGGAUUUCCUGGCCACAUGCCACAUUCCACACUACCACCUGAGCAGUGAGGGCCGGGUACGGAGUGGCAACUUGUGUAACGGACUGAGAAACACAGCUCUACAGUUCAUGAGGUCUCACCCGGGCAACUUCACAGGUGGGGUUGUACACUUUGCUAACACUGACCGGGUUUACUCCGCAAGCGUUUUCGAGAAGAUGAGACAAGUGAAAAGAGUGGGGAUCUGGCCUACACUGCUGGCGGGAGAAGAGUUCAAGUGUAACCCCCUGAUGUUAAACACCUUCAACUCCCCACAUAAGUACCCUGUUAACGUGGGCUCAGCUGGCUUCUCCAGCUCUGCUUUGUUGGACUCUACUAUUACUCUUCCUAUUUCUAUCUCAGAUACGGCUGCUGUGUCUCUGCUCAUAGACCAGCUCGUGGGUAGUGUAGAGGAGAUUGAGGUUGUUAGUUGUGAUGGACGCUUUAUUUGGUUCAUUCCGUUCUUUUAGAGUACAUUGAGACGUUCAUGUUGUGGUUUAUACUACAUUCUGUUUAUUGCUACCUGUGUCGAAUUUAUGUGUCGAAUUCUUUAAUAUGACCCGUGAUAGUAUAACAUAAAUUAUUGAUGCCAUAACAUAAAUUAUUGAUGCCAGUUCAGUUCUAUUGCUAUUUGCUACAUAUUAAAUGUUUGAUGAUAUUUUUAUCGAGUUGGACUUUAUACGUCUAUGAUGCAACUAUCAGCUAGCUAUGUUAAUAGGGAAUUUGUAAUAUAGUAACAUGUGAGACUAAAAAAUGUAAAAGAAUACGGAAAGAAUAGUACAUACCUGA